GAAACGGAAGCGAGGAGGAGAGGGGGCGGGGCCGCGCGGCCGGGGCCGACUAGGACAGACGGCUGAGCGUGUGCCCGGCGCCGGUGCCGUCGCCUCUUCGCCAUCGCCAUGAUUAUCCCGGUGCGCUGCUUCACGUGCGGCAAGAUCGUGGGCAACAAGUGGGAGGCCUACCUGGGGCUGCUGCAGGCCGAGUACACCGAGGGAGAUGCUCUGGACGCGCUGGGCCUGAAGCGCUACUGCUGCCGGAGGAUGCUGCUGGCGCACGUGGACCUCAUUGAGAAGCUCCUGAACUACGCACCCCUGGAGAAGUGAGCCCCCGUCCCGAAGGCCCCCAUCAGCCGCCUGCGGGGGGACCUCCAGAGUUGGCAAUAAACCUGCUAUUGGCUCCGGA